AUGUGCCUUUCCUGGGGCUGGGGACUGUCCUACGUUGAUUGGCUUAGAUCUGGUUUAUGCGCUGGUUCCUGAAAUAAACACCGUGUCAAGAGCAGGAUAUACUUGCAGUUUAAUUUAGCCAAACCUGGACCUAUGCUGGAGCUGAGGAUGGAGCAAAUACCAGCAAAACUGCCUGAAUGUUCCCCAGUGCUGUGGGGGUGGAACGGACGCUGAGAAGCUCACCCUAAUAUCCAAUUCACCAUGGAAAAAAGACAGGAAGGAUAUACAGCAAAGUGCCCAUGACAGUUAUUUUCAAGUGGUGAUAUUAUGGGGAAUUUUUAUUUUCUUUUUUACGCUUAUCUGUAUUUUACAUUUUUGACAACAAGCAUAUAUUACUUGAAUAACUUCAAAGAGAAAUGAAAGCUAUAAAUAUGAGGAAAAGCUGGUAUAUAACACUGGCAAGUAAUUAGCAGCUUGAGGGAUUUAAAGCAGAUGUGUUGGCAAACAGGAAACAUGAAUUUUCAGAAUGGUACCAACGGUGCCUUGCAGAAGCUUCCAAUUGCCUUUCUCUUGCCCGUUAGGCAAUUCCGUCGUUUCUACAGACUUAAUCUGAGAUCUCUGAAGGCUAGUCUGGCUUAAAACUACCAGUUUCAGCGGCUUGUAUUUUUCUCUUAUAUUUGGGUGGGGAAGAGUUUUCAGUUUUCCCUUAGAGACACUUUCCCUUGUGGGGCAUGAUAGUGUGUGCCUCGUUGCAGAAGGACCCCUGUAUGCAGAAGUAGAGGCGCUGGCCUCAGGCUCCUCCACUUCCUCUUGGACAGAAGACGCUGAGCAUUUUUUCAGGAAGUGGUCACCCCAGUGGUCCCCAGCUUUCUCAGACUUCCUGCAGCUCUGUACACAGUGAAUCACAGUGAGACACUGGCAGCAGGCACCACGGAAGGGACCCUCAAAUCUGAAGGCUCAAGGUCCUGGGAAAAGAUGAAGUGGAGCAUGCCUCUUGUUUCCUCCUAUUAGAUGCUGAGUGUUGGAAGUUCUUCCUAGGAUUCACAAAGAAACUCCUGCUCUUCUUCCACAUACUUUUUCCUGGGAAAGAAAACUUGUUUCACUGGCAGAAAAGAUCCCCACUGUUAAAGUGAGGUAAAGAAGAUUCUUGCUUCCUCUUUACGCGUCCGCCAUGAUUGUAGGUUUCCUGACGCUUCCCCAGCCAUGCUGAACUCUGGAACACAGACAUGCUGGCUGGACCUCAAUGAAGGGGAUGCCACAUGCUGAGGAUGAUGGAGCCACAUGCUGAGGAUGAUGGAGCAACAAGCAAGAAUAAGCCCAGGACCCUACAGUAAGUAAAUGGUCUCAACCAGUGAAUGGAAAAAGGAAAGUAACUUCAAAUUUUGGAAAGGGAUCCAGAACAAAAUCAUCAAGUUGAAGAUCCUGGAAGAUGACUGAAGCUCAGCCAGGGGGAAGCCAUUUGAUGGUGAAGUGUCAGAGAGCAAAGGAGGAACUGUCAACAAUGGUGAUUCCACUAAUGAAAAUAUCCAAUGUGAGCUGGUGGUCCUUUGCUUGUUGUUCUGAGCACCGAGGGGCAGUUGGCAGCUUCACCUCAGAGCUGCAGGAAGGAACGGGGCAGUGAAAAUCGAAUCGGGUGUGAUCCUAGGCCAAGCUCAUGGCCCAGCAGGGCCAGCAGGGGCAGAUGGCAAGUGGAGACAGCAAUCUCAACUUCAGGAUGGUCGCAGAGAUCCAGAACGUAGAGGGUCAGAACCUGCAGGAGCAGGUUUGCCCUGAGCCCAUUUUCAGGUUCUUCAGAGAAAACAAGGUGGAGAUUGCAAGUGCAAUAACAAGGCCAUUUCCUUUCCUUAUGGGCCUCCGAGACCGCUCCUUCAUCUCUGAGCAGAUGUAUGAACAUUUUCAAGAAGCUUUUAGAAACCUGGUCCCAGUGACAAGAGUGAUGUAUUGUGUACUCAGUGAACUGGAGAAGACAUUUGGCUGGUCACAUCUGGAAGCAUUGUUCAGCAGGAUUAACCUGAUGGCCUAUCCUGAUUUAAACCAGAUUUACAGAAGCUUCCAGAAUGUAUGCUAUGAACACUCACCUCUCCAAAUGAAUAAUGUAAAUGAUUUAGAAGAUAGACCCAGAUUACUACCAUAUGGUAAACAAGAGAACAGCAAUGCCUGUCAUGAAAUAGAUGAUAUAGCAGUGCCUCAGGAAGCCUUGAGCUCCUCGCCAAGGUGUGAGCCAGGUUUCUCUUCAGAGUCUUGUGAGCAAUUAGCUCUCCCAAAGGCUGGUGGAGGAGAUGCUGAAGAUGCACCCAGCCUACUACCAGGUGGGGGAGUGUCCUGUAAACUUGCUAUACAAAUAGAUGAAGGAGAAUCAGAAGAAAUGCCCAAGUUACUGCCUUAUGAUACAGAAGUUCUAGAAAGCGACGGGAUGAUAGAUGCGGCAAGGACAUACAGCACAGCACCAGGGGAGAAACAGGGAGAGGAGGAAGGCAGGAACAGUCCCAGAAAAAGAAACCAAGACAAGGAGAAGUACCAAGAGAGUCCAGAGGGAAGAGACAAAGAGACCUUUGAUCUAAAAACUCCGCAAGUCACUAAUGAAGGAGAACCAGAGAAGGGGCUCGGUCUACUACCAGGUGAAGGAGAAGUUUCUUGUUUCUCUGCAGAGACCUUUGAUCUAAAGACUCCCCAAGUCACUAAUGAAGGAGAACCAGAGAAGGAGCUCAGUCUACUACCAGGUGAAGGAGAAGAGGGCAGUGAUGACUGUUCGGAAAUGUGUGAUGGAGAAGAGCCCCAGGAAGCCUCUAGCUCCCUAGCAAGACGUGGGUCAGUGUCUAGUGAACUAGACAAUCACCCAAUGAAUGAAGAAGGAGAAUCAGAAGAGCUUGCUUCUAGCCUGCUAUAUGGUGAUGUACCAGGAGCAGAGCAAUCAGCAUAUGAAAAUGAGAAGUGUUCCUGUGUCAUGUGUUUCUCAGAAGAGGUGCCAGGAAGCCCAGAAGCAAGGACGGAAAGUGAUCAAGCGUGUGGCACAAUGGAUACUGUGGAUAUUGCAAACAACUCCACUUUGGGAAAACCCAAGAGGAAAAGAAAUAAUAGCAAAGCCGACGGCCAGCUGGUCUCCAGUGAAAAGAAGGCGAACAUGAAUCUGAAAGACCUUUCCAAGAUUAGGGGGAGAAAGAGAGGCAAACCUGGAACCCGCUUCACUCAGAGUGACAGAGCUCCACAGAAAAGAGUCCGAUCAAGAGCUUCGAGAAAGCACAAAGACGAAACUGUGGAUUUUAAGGCUCCUUUGCUUCCAGUGACCUGUGGUGGGGUGAAGGGAAUUUUACAUAAGAAGAAAUUGCAGCAAGGAAUCUUGGUGAAGUGUAUACAGACUGAGGAUGGAAAAUGGUUCACCCCCACGGAAUUUGAAAUCAAAGGAGGCCACGCAAGAUCAAAGAACUGGAGGCUGAGUGUGCGCUGUGGCGGGUGGCCCCUACGAUGGCUGAUGGAGAAUGGAUUUCUGCCUGAUCCUCCAAGAAUACGUUACAGGAAAAAAAAGAGAAUACUGAAGUCUCACAACAAUAACUCAGUUGACCCUUGUAUGAGAAACCUGGAUGAGUGUGAGGUGUGCCGGGAUGGAGGGGAGCUGUUCUGUUGCGACACUUGUUCAAGAGUCUUCCAUGAGGACUGCCACAUCCCACCUGUGGAAAGUGAGAAGACCCCGUGGAAUUGCAUCUUCUGCAGGAUGAAGGAGUCUCCGGGAAGCCAACAGUGUUGUCAGGAAUCUGAGGUCCUGGAGAGGCAGAUGUGUCCUGAGGAACAGUUGAAAUGUGAGUUCCUCCUCUUGAAAGUCUAUUGCUGUUCUGAGAGCUCCUUUUUUGCCAAGAUUCCAUACUAUUAUUAUAUUAGAGAGGCGUGUCAAGGCCUGAAGGAGCCCAUGUGGUUGGAUAAAAUCAAGAAAAGGCUGAAUGAGCACGGUUACCCCCAAGUGGAGGGGUUUGUACAAGACAUGCGCCUCAUCUUCCAGAACCACAGGGCCUCUUACAAGUACAAGGAUUUUGGCCAAAUGGGAUUUAGACUGGAGGCUGAGUUUGAGAAGAAUUUCAAGGAAGUGUUUGCUAUUCAGGAAACAAAUGGGAACAAUUGACUGGAUUAGUGGAUGCUGAAAGCAUUCAGCAAAUGGCACCCUAAAAUAUGCCGCUGGUUUGCCACUGACUUCAAAAUGAGGUCACUUGGGCACAGCACAUGCAGGGAGGGGCUUUUCUCUGAGCCUCCCUCAUCUGCCCAAAGACAAAUCCUCAAAAGGAAAUUCAAUCAUCAUGAAUCACAACCCCAAGUAUCUCAUCAGCCAGGGAAGAGUAAGUGGGAUCACAGGGAAGGAUGUUGGCAGCGACACCAUCCCAUACAGGCUCUUACCUCUUCUCCUGAGGGCUGCUCCAGACAACAUUUAUUACCCGGAAGACCAUUUGUCUGAAAACCAGCCAAGCUUUAUUCAGGACACACUUCUUGCCUUCACUCUCCCACUUCCGUGGCCACCUCCAUGCAGAAGCCCUAAGCCCACAUUCUUUCGAUAGCUCACGGUGGUGUAUGAGUGUCCAUCAUCUGACUCUUCUCGGAGUCUCAUAUUUUGUGGGACUCCUGUGCAAACAUAUGUUAUUAAAAUUUUUUUCCUCCUGUU